UGUAGGUGUGACGUUCUGUAGGUGUAAAUUAUAGAACGCUGUGUUGUGUUUUUCAGUAUUUAAAACAAAUGGCUGUGAUUAAACUGUUGUUUUUUAUCUUUGUGAUAUGUCAUGAAACAUUCGAACUGGAUACGUCAAAUUGUAUAUUUAAAGUGUCCAAUUCUUCUGAAGCAUCCUAUUUCGAUUUAUCUAGUCUUUCCAGGCAGGUGUGGAACAUCAAAGUAUCUGAUGAAAGAAAACUUGAUGGGAGUAGAAAUAGUAGAGGUGGCAAUCGGACACUGUUUGCAUUCAUGUCACCAUGCAGCAGUGUGAAAAGUAGAAGUAAUGUGGACUAUUGUCCAGAUGAAAGUGCCUCCAUUUGUAUUGCACAGAAGUCUGGUGGAGUAUGGAGUAGGGAGCUGCCCAACCUAGGAACGGAUGUCCUCAACAAACAUACUUUUGCAAAUGGUACACUGAAGGUUAUUUUGAAUGGAAAGGAGAAAUGUGUGAAUGACAAAAAUUAUGAAACCGAAAUAAUAUUUUCAUGUGUAGAAAAGUAUGAUGGUCCAGUCAUGGCCCGGUUGAACGAUUGUAGGUUCACUGUAAUCUGGCCUACAAAAAUAGCUUGUCCUUUACAAGGUCCAGAUGCACUGCUAGUUGAACGAUGUCUGCUACAGACCGAAGGAGAGAACUCUGGAGUUGUUGAUCUACGUCCACUCCGUCAUCCUCAGUAUUAUUCUGUCCAUUCACCUGAUGGUGGAUUAUUUUAUCUGAAUAUAUGUGCAACAUUAAAGAAUUCAACUUGUGAUGGCUCAACAGCUUGUAAACGCACCAAUAAUGGAACUGUUGUUAUUAUUGGAAAUACCAAAGGCACUAAUGUCAAAAUUUCGGAUGAUGGCCCACUGCUGGCAUAUAAAGCAAAAGGUGGAAUACUAACUCGAGUGGAAUUCGUUUGCAACGUUAGUGUUCCAUUUGGAGAACCAACAUUCAGAUCAGUAGUGGGAAAUACAUAUACAUUUGAAUUUCAGUCUUCACAUGCUUGUCCUAAGGGAACUGUGGACUGUGUUGUUUAUGAUGAUCAAGGAAACAAAUUUGAUCUCAGUAAUUUAAGAAGAGAGAUUGGAAAUUGGGAAGUUCGUGCAGAAGUCCAUGGGAGAAUGAAUUCAACAUUUUUCAUAAAUGUCUGCAAAUCUCUCAAUCCUGUACGGAUGUGCAAUUUUAAAGAUGGACCUGUGGGAGUAUGCCAGACUACUGAUGCUGGGACAGCCAUAAAUCUAGGCAUGGUAAUAAAAGGACCUGAAGUUACAAAUGGUAUGUUGCAGAUGAGUUAUUCUGGGGGAUCAUUAUGUCCAAAUGGUAAAGGACGGUAUCGAACUAUAAUUAAAUUUCAGUGUACAAAUACCAAAGGAGCACCGAUAUUUGAGAGCCAGUCAGCUGAUUGUGUGACCUCGUUUAUUUGGCCAACCAACAUUGCUUGCCCAUUGAAGGUUGCGAAAGGAGAAAAUUGUAUGGUGGUGGAACCAAUUUAUAGCCAUCAGUUUGAUAUGACAAGCUUGCAUAACAGUGAAGUUGACUAUGUUGUGCAAACUGAAGUGGGAAGUUUCCGCAUCAACUUGUGCGGAUCACUAGUUGCACCUUGUGAUAACAAGGAAAAUAUCAGUGUAUGUUUGGAAAAGGAAGACAAACAGCAGAUAGCUGUUGGUUACACGACAAAGGAAAUAAGCUACGUCAAUGGAGGAAUCCGCAUAGAACUUCAUGGAGAUGAUUGUAUUCCAGGAGAGAGUAGUACAGUACUUGUGCUUCUAAUGUGCAACCAUCAUGGCUACUUGCGUAGCACAAAACCAAAAUUCGUGUCUACAUUGUCAGAAUCAUGCAAAUUUCUCUUCAUUUGGGAACUGCAACUGGCCUGCCCUUCACAUGAAGAAUAUCCAUGCACAACAACAGAUAAGGAAGGAAAUGUUUAUGAUUUGAGUAUUCUUUCGGAUCCAGCCAGGAAUUACAAAAUUCUGAGGAAGACUGACACUGGAAUGCUGAAAUAUUUUAUAAAUAUAUGUCGACCGUUGGUAUUCAGCUAUGGGGAGACAUGCGAAUAUAACUCUGGCAUGUGCGAGUACAACAUGUCUGAACCACUUAUCUCAAACAAUUUCAGGAAUUUAGGAGACGUCACUGACUCAUUAGGUCCAUCAUUUGAAAACGGUGUCUUGACGUUGCAGUAUUCUAAUGGAGCUAUGUGCCGUGAUCCAGAGAGUGAUGUGGGUCAUUAUUCCACCACAAUAACAUUUUACUGCAACCCGUAUGAACUGAAUGAACCUGUCUUCGAGGAUGUUGUGUCAUGUAACUACAAAUUCUCUUGGAGAACAGUAGCAGCCUGCCCUGUAGGAAGUAUUCAUAAUGGCACGUCUCCAAUCCACAACAAUGGAAACUGCACAGCAGAGAACUUCUAUACUAAACAUCUGUUUGAUUUGACAUCACUAAUGAGCAAAGAUUACAAUGUUACUUCAGAAUCUGGAGAUGUAUUACAGUUUAGUGUUUGCAGAAUCUUAGAAAAAUCUCCUUGCGAAAAUGGAACAGGUGCCUGCAUUCUUAAAAACAAUGAUGAACCAAAAUCUAUUAGUGCUGGUAUUGGAAAUGCCAACUUGGAAUAUCGAAUAGGUGCUUUAUUUCUGAAUUAUUCUGAAGGUGACUUAUGUAACAUUGGUGUUCCAAGAAACACUUUAAUAGAAUUUAUUUGUGGAAUGGAGAAUGUAACUGACGGGCCAAAGUAUGUUGAUACAACUAGCAACUGUACAUCCAUGAUCCAUUGGUUCACACAGUUGGCAUGUGAGAGUCAUGUCAACUGCGUGCUCCGUGAAGGUGAUUGGGAGGUAGAUUUAACAUCUCUGUCACGAACAGAGAACAGUUACCACAUUAUCAAUGGGAAAUCAGAGUUCUUCAUCAAUGUAUGUGCUCCCAUAACACCACUUUCUGGACUGAGCUGCCCUGGAGGCUCAGCAGCGUGUAUCGCAAAACGAGAGCUUGAUGGAAGUCUAGUUAAUGAAUCGAGUCUGGGCUACCCAGUAAUCACCCCCCGUAUGGACAACAAAAAGGUCAUUCUGAAGUACUACCAUGGCUCUCCUUGCCCGUUUGAACAAGAUGUUAACCUAAGUUCAUCCUUUGUAUUCAGCUGUGAUCCAAAGGCUGAUCCAGGGCAGCCAGUGUUCUAUCAAGUAGAGGACUGUGAAUAUCAGUUCUCUUGGAGAACUAAAGUGGUAUGUGGUUCUCACAACAUGCCAUCAUGUACUUUGGUUGACAAAUCUCAGGAAUUGGAUCUUUUUGACGUUACUCCACAAAGUGAAUAUGAGGUUACAUCAUCUUACAUAAUGCGGUUGUGUACUGUUGAAAGCGUUUGUAAUGGAAUCGUCUGUAGACAAAUUAACAGAACAUGGGAGUCAUUUGGAAAUGAAACAACACUGCAGUAUGAUGACUCUAGUAAUUCUCUACAUAUAUACAUCACAGGAAAUGCUUGUCAAGGUGCUCAAGGUAAAAACUCGAGUGCUCACAUACAAAUUAUGUGCAGUGAUGCUGUGACUGCAAGAGACCCGUAUAUAAUGAGUCAAAAUGAAUGUGAUGUUACUAUUGGAUGGAAUUUACCAGCAAUAUGUCAAAUAAUCCAUGAUCAUGCAGCACAUCAUGACGUCUCUAGUGGUGGUAUAAACACAGCUGCACUUGUGGUGAGCAUGCUCUUCAUUGUCAUCAUAAUAACGCUUGGGGCAGUUUUGAGAAAACAACAGAAUCGUAUUCGCUGCAGGAACUUUUUCAGUUGCUUUGCACUAUCAAGAUACAGAGGCCAUAACUUCUACUCGAAGGCGAGUGAUGAUAGCAGUGACCUUUAGGUGAAGGGACUGGACAUUCACCACAGUUUAGGGCUUUCAGACAACUCAGUUCAGGUGGAGAAGUGAGGAUGAUGAAUGCUUCAGCUGAUACUGGAUUUGGUGAGAGCGAUGAAGAAAUGAUUAGGAUUUGAGCAUUACGUUUUACCAAUGAUGCAAUCAAGCACAAAAAUUAGAAUCC